AUGGAGUUGUUGAUUGUGCGAAUUGGUGGUAGUGUGGUGGAUUGCGAUGAUGAUGAUGUUGGGCUGGGGAUUUGUGUUAACGGAGGGUGGCAACAAGGGUUGGUGUUUCGGUGGGAGAAGGUUGAUAAACAAGUUGAAGUCAUUAACAAAGACGAGUUUGAUGCCUCUGCUCCAAGAGGAAUGAAAAGGAAAUUUGUGGCGGCAAAGACAAGAUUGCAACCACUUCGAGGAGUGAAAUCGAUUAUAGAAGAUGCAGUACAAGAUGCAGUAGAAGUGGAACCGGAAGAAAUAGAUGAUGAUAUACUAAUAAGUCAAUUUAAGAAGAAGCCAAGCAAGGCCUUGGGAAGAAGGACACCAACCCAAAGUACCUUUAGAGAGCAAACAUCUGAGAGAUCUACAGAAGAAGAAGAAGAAGAAGAAGAAGAAGAAGAAGAAGAUGUUGACGUUUCCAAUCAAUAUCGAAAGGAGAGAAGAAAGCAGCCACAAAGAGGGGUGAAGCUUAAAAAUGAUGAGGAGGAAGAGGAGAGCAAGAAAAGAAAACCGGGAAGAAUUUCGGGAGAAUCUCCCAUAAAACUAUGA